UAUGGACACAUUUCCAAAGUUGCGCCGCGUGCAACAACAGUUGGCAUCUUUUGUUGCCCCAAAAAUAAAUCGCCCGCCAACCCGCAUUUUACAAAAACCGACGACAGUAAAGACAAUCUGCGAUCGGGCUUGAACAAAGAAAAACCACAGAAAUACUUUGAACCGAAAAGACAACUUUAACAGCCAGAAAAUUCAAACAAUUCAAAUCAAACCACUGGCGACACUCGGCCAGUCACCGGCAUCAUGUUCGGAAUAGAUUGGAUGAGCCUUGUGCUCCCAUUCUCAUACAUUCUCGUCCUGGGCGGAACUUUUAUGACAUUUUCCAGCGUCUACAGGAAAAGGAAAGCGACACAAAGCGCCAACCUGGCUCCUUGGUUCCCGCCGCACCUACAACGCAACAUCUACCUGUCGCUGCUCCACCUGGACCCUGAGGACGGCUCCGAGAAGGCGCCCAAGGUGCCCGAGAGCGUCUUGCGUACCGCCCUGCUCCGCCGCGCCGUCGAGGACAUCCACCGCAUCAUCCAGAUCCGCACCGCCAAGGCCGCCUGCAGCUCGCUGCUGGCCCGGGGUAGCGUCGGCGAUGACCUGUGGCAGCGGUUCAGCCGCGCGGAGAAGGAGAUGGAGGAGGAGCUGAGGGAUGUCGUUAUGGAGGCCAACGCACUCGCUCCCAACUGGGGCCAGACAAUCUUCCAAUCCGCCAACGAAAUCGCCGCCAACACGAUGCUGCGCAAGCGCCUUGACGACAUCACGAACCAGACCGAGGCCGAAAAGGAAUGGUGGGCCAAACGCCAGGGCGCCGCCGGCAUCGAGCAACCCGCCGCGUCGUCUCCCACCACCACCACCUCCGAGUCCCUCCCCGCAACCUCCAAGGAGACCCCCGGCAGCUCGGAAGACGGCAUCCUCGUCGAAGACGACGUCCCCGAGUCCUCCACCCCCGCCCCUGCAGCACCCGCACCCGUUCAGACCCCUUCUGCGCCGCCUAGUGAGCCCGGCACGCCUUCCAGCAAGAAGAAGAAGAAGGGAAAGAAAUGAUGGGGUUCUUUGUUCUAGGGACGGUGUUGUAAUUUGACCAAAGACAGAGGCUAUUUUUUCAUGUCGGGUCUCUUUGUCAAUUUGGGUUAGAGUCAAGCGCCCAUUUGUAGAUAACCGACUUUUUGGUGAUUUCUUUUCAUGCGAUUCAUGUCUUUCAACAAAGCAUCUGCAAAGCGGUGCUUCAAGUUUUGAGACUGGAAGAGGAGCAGGGGGGAAGGGCGACUUUUGAUUGCUGAAGGAAUAUGGGAUGUGAUGAUGCAUUGGUGCAUGGCGUUAUGGGUUAGUUUUUCUCAUACAACAAAGUCGCAUUUCGUAUAAACCAAAUUCCCCGAUUCGGAGGCUUUAGCACAAAUGAAUGGGUUUGUUGGUUGGUUACACUCGAACGGUUUCAUCUAUCAGUCAUGUUCUUGACCAAUCACAGAAAGCGAUUAUUGCUGAACGACAUGCAAGUAUUGUGAGUUGAGUUUGAAUAAAAACUGAACAGUCAUAAGAAUACAAUGCCCAACAAGUGGGAAUGGAUUAAUUUAUCCUGAAUCUAGGU